AGUCUCACAGUCCCAGGCAUGGCUUUGUUGUUGCUGCUGUUGUUCGACAAAUAGUGACGACAACAGAUAAAAAAAAAUAAUAAUAAAUAAAAAAACAAACUUUCUCACUCUUUUUUGCCACCAAAACAUGGACCAAACGACGGCGUCUCGCCGGAGCCGACUUAAACCCGAGCUCUACUCCACCGUGGUUAUCCACGACGACGACGACGACGACGGCGGUUCCGAUCGAGAACAACGGCGACGGAAGCCCAAAGGUUCGGGUCAAGAUGAAGACCUUUACGCGACAAUGGUAUACAAAGGCGAUGGCAGAGACGACGAGGAAGAAGAUGAGGACGAAGCCUCUCUUCCUCCUCUCCUUAAACGCCUUCCUAAAGACUUUGGCGGUGGAGCUCCGAUGGACUUCUUCGACGACGACGAUGGUGAUGAGGAAGGGAAUGAUUUUGGGACAAUGAUUGUAAAAACUGGUCGGAAUCGAAAUCGAAGCCGGGAUGGUUCGUCUUCUUCGUCGUCUUAUGCGAGGAGGUCUCAAUUCUCUGCGUUUUCGGAUUCAAAACCUUUAAGUCCUAGAAAGAGAGCGGAUUUGGAAGAUGAUGAUGAUGAUGAAGACGAUGAUGGUGGUGAUGGGUUCUCGACGUUUGUGGUGAGGCCGGGUGAUAGGGGAUUGUUGAGUGGGACGGUGAGGAGGGCUACUGGUCCUGAAUCCACCAUGGAUAGGGCUGUAGCGAGCAUGCAAGCGUCUGGGGAGUUGGGGUUUGGUGGGAGGCAGAAAAGGGGAAGUGGGUCGUCACAAGGGGAAGAGUUUCGCCAGCAAACCAAGAUUUCGUGCAGCUCAAUUCCAGACAGUGUUACUAAAGAAGAUCCUACCAUUAAGUACGAGUUGUUGAAUGAGCUCGGGAAAGGGUCUUAUGGUGCGGUUUACAAAGCUAGGGAUAAACUAACUUCGGAGUUGGUGGCUAUCAAAGUCAUAUCAUUGUCUGAAGGGGAGGAGGGAUAUGAGGAAAUUCGGGGAGAGAUCGAGAUGUUGCAGCAAUGUAGUCAUCCGAAUGUAGUUCGGUACCUUGGAAGCUAUCAAGGAGAAGAGUAUCUUUGGAUAGUGAUGGAAUACUGUGGAGGUGGAAGUGUUGCUGACCUGAUGAAUGUUACUGAGGAGCCUUUAGAGGAGUAUCAAAUAGCAUAUAUAUGUAGGGAAGCAUUGAAGGGCCUUGCAUAUCUGCACUCAAUUUUCAAGGUUCAUAGAGAUAUCAAAGGUGGAAAUAUUCUGUUAACUGAACAGGGGGAUGUCAAGUUGGGUGAUUUUGGAGUUGCAGCGCAGCUCACCAGGACCAUGUCAAAACGCAAUACGUUUAUUGGAACUCCACACUGGAUGGCUCCCGAAGUAAUUCAGGAAAGUCGCUAUGAUGGAAAGGUGGAUGUAUGGGCUCUUGGUGUAUCUGCAAUUGAAAUGGCUGAGGGACUUCCUCCUAGAUCAGCUGUACAUCCAAUGAGGGUUUUGUUCAUGAUAUCCAUCGAGCCAGCUCCGAUGCUUGAGGAUAAAGAAAAAUGGUCUCUUGUGUUUCAUGAUUUUGUAGCAAAGUGUCUAACAAAAGAGCCUCGCUUACGCCCUACUGCAUCUGAGAUGUUAAAGCACAAAUUCAUUGAAAAAUGUAAAAUUGGAUCCUCUGCAAUGUUGCCGAAGAUUGAAAAGGCCAAGCUUAUUAGGGCCUCGAUUGCUUUGGAAGCACAAAAUCAUGAUCCUGCUGUAGCAGAAGAUAAUACUCUGGUUGCUCCUAAAGUGAAUGAGGAUUAUGGAGAUACUGUUCCAGCGAGGCCUCCUGACGCUGGGCUUCAGGUGGCAAAUGAAGUUAAGACAUCUAGCACCAUGGAUAGCAUGGAACUGGCAGGGGAUGGUAAUUUUGGCACUUUCAUAGUUCAUGGUGGAGGCGAGAUGGAUGAGGCAGCCACUGACACACAAUUCUCCAAUGUUAAAGAGUCUUCGCCUGCUCCUGGACAUGUUAGAAAGCCUUCCAUUAGUUUUAUGGAAGGUAAAUCAGCUGAUAAAAGGUUGGAAAAUUUAAGUACUAUUGCUGAAAACAACAAUGUUGUUGGAGAAGCACAUCUUAGACAGACUGUACGGGCACCUUCUCCACUUCUAGUUGGUGCUGAACAGAACCUGAAGACAAAAAGCACAAUUCAGGUUGGAAGAGGCAGUAGUACACUGAGGAGUGAAACGAUUGGCCGAAAAGCCUUCGCAGUUCAAGAUAAGUUAUUAUCAUUGCAGCUUUGGUCUAUAUAUGCUGCUGGAAAUACAGUUCCCAUUCCAUUUUUGAGGGCAACGGAUAUAUCUCCCAUCGCACUCUUAUCUGACAAUGUAAUUGGAGGAAUGCAGCAAGAUAAUGAUAGAACUGUAGCUGUGGAAGCACUUCAGGAGCUUUUUACUGGUGAUGGCCAGUCCAAGAAGGGUAGAAGAGGGCAAAAUGAGAUGCCCCUUCCUCCAAGCGUUUACCAACGGCUCACUUCUAGUUCUACACUACUGAAUCUGACUCGAGCCCUAGCUUACCACAAAGUGUGCUAUGAAGAUAUGCCUCUGCUGGAAUUACAAGCAGCUCAAGAACAGCAAACCAUUCAAAAUCUCUGUGAUACAAUACGAACCAUUCUUCGAUUCUAAAGAUAAGAUGCUAUGAUGCAAAAUUGUAAUUUUUGUUUCUUCCAUUAGAUUAUGUAAUUAUAUUUUGCUUAUUUUUACCAUAUGGGAUUUUUUUUUUUUAGGGUGGAACAAAAAAAUAAAAAUAAAAUGCAGGGCGGCAAUGUGGUAUUUAAUGUAGGGAUACACCGUUCAAUGUAUAUUCUUUUGUCAGAUUUAGUUAAUUUUUGUUUUGAUUAAUAUGUGAAUAAUAAUAGCUUUUCAAAUAUUUUGCCUAACAA